AUGCCCCGCACGCUCGCCCUCGACGAGGUUGCCAAGCACAACUCCCGGAGUUCGUGCUGGGUCAUAAUCAAGGACAAGGUGUACGACGUCACGGAGUUCUUAGCGGACCACCCAGGAGGGGCAAAGAUCAUCCUCAAGUAUGCGGGGAAGGACGCGACGUCGGCAUAUGAGCCAAUACAUCCCCCGGACGCUCUCGAUAAGAACCUCCCCGCUGAGAAGCACCUCGGCGUGCUGGACAACGCCUCCGCGAGCGCCGUUCAGGAAGCCGCCCAGAAUCGGCCGAAGACCAAGGACGAACUACGGGUGGAAGCCGCGCAGGCUGCAAAGCCGGCCCUCAGCAGAAUGUUGAGCUUACGGGACAUUGAGGACGUCGCGCGGCAGGUGCUCUCGUACAAGGCGUUCGCAUACUAUUCAUCUGCCGCAGACGACGAGCUGACACACCAGGAGAACAUCCGCGCCUUCUCCCGCUUCUUCUUCCAUCCUCGUGUGAUGAGGCCCGUGGCCCAAUGUGACCCAUCAACAACCAUACUGGGCUUCAAGUCCUCAAUACCGGUCUUCGCGAGCGGUGCUGCACUCGCGCGGCUGGGGCACCCACUGGGUGAAGCCAACAUCACGCGUGGGUGCGCGCGCACCGGGAUCAUCCAGAUGGUGUCUUCAAAUGCCUCGCUUUCCUUCGCACAGAUCGCCGAGGCGCGCGUGAGCCCCGACCAACCCCUGUUCUUCCAGCUGUACAAACACCGGGACGACAAGAUCGCGGAGCAGCGGGUGCGCGAGGUCAUCUCGCUGGGCUACAGCGCGAUAUUCCUGACCGUCGACGCCAUCUGCGCGGGCAACCGUGAGCGCGACAUCCGCGCGCCCUUUGAGCUCGAGCAGCAGGAGCGCGAGGCGAAUAAGGCGGACCAACCCACAGACGCCCCGGGGAAGCCGGAGCAGGAGGACGGGGAGAACGUCAACCUGCUGGGCACGGCUGGCGCCUUAAUCGCCAAUGACGACCUGGACAUGACUUGGGAGAAGACCAUUCCGUGGCUGAGGUCUAUCACGAAGCUUCCUAUAGUCGUCAAGGGCGUCCAGUGUGUGCAGGACGCCGUGCUUGCUGCGGAGGCGGGCGUCGACGGCAUACUACUUUCAAAUCAUGGCGGCCGGCAGCUCGAGUUCGCCCUCCCUUCCAUCGAGGUGCUGUACCGAAUCCGGAAGCAACGGCCAGACGUGUUCGACAAGCUCGAGGUCUACAUUGAUGGUGGUGCACGGAGAGGAACUGAUGUCUUGAAGGCGCUCUGCCUUGGAGCCAAAGCUGUCGGGAUGGGUCGACCGUUCCUCUACGCUCAGAGUGCGUACGGCGAAGACGGCGUCAUCAGAACCGUCGACAUCCUCAAGCGCGAGAUCGUCACCGGCAUGCGCCUCCUCGGCGUGCAGAACGUCAACCAAUUGGCCCCCGAGAUGGUCGAGAACGUCAACUGGCAACCGCUGGUCGCGAGACUGUAGUCGAUCUAGGCACCAUGUAUGGUUUCUUGGUUACAGGCCCGCCACAGGGCCACACAUGCUUUAUAGACACAACAUCCUUCCGUGUGCAGACCCGAACAACCAGCAUGAGUUGCGUACGUCGUGGAAAUUCGUUACGGCACGCCGAGAGUGAUCACAACGACAGCUAAGAUAGCUUAGACGGUACUAGUACAAUAUGAA